AUGUGCCGCAUUCAGGCCAUCUCGCAGGUGGAAGAUGUGCCAAAGUACGAUGAUGGUGAAACGGUUCUGGUCUUGAGGGACACUUUUCCCAAGAUCUGUAGAGACAGAUCCUAUUUGCAUGCUUUCCUGGAGCAGUGUGGAGAUGUGGAGUUGUGUUACCAGCGGAAUUGUCAAGGUGUGGUGACCAAAUCUAAAGCUUCUCUGCACAAGGUACAGAAACAGCUCCUGUUUUCCUGUCACGACGAUAGCAUCCUUGUGAUGGAUGAAAAUAUUCUGUCUUCAGGGACAGAAGCUCUUCUAGAAGACGCACCCAGUUACCUGAAAGAUGACUGGUUCAGGCAUUUCCCUCAAAUGCUUCGCCCGUCGCCGCUCUGCCUGAUCUUGGGUGGUGUUGGAGCAAGAUCAGAUUUGCAUGCAGAUCCGUUGUCCUGGACAGGUUGGAAUUGUCUGCUGGAAGGUUCGAAAACUUGGAGAUUCUAUUGCCACGAACCGGCAGAUUCACCGGCCUUUUCAGCGACCCGUCGCCCGUUUGGUAUCAAGUCUGGGCCACACGAGCUAUGCUCAAUUGGCACUGGCAUGGCAUCUCACGAGGAUACAUGGGCACUUGGCUGCCAAUUGAAGGCUUCAGAGCCUUUGGAAUACGUGCAAAGGCCUGGCGAGACCUUGAUUUUUCCCGGCCACUGGUGGCAUCAGACAUAUCACCUCACUGCUACUGUUGGGUUCGCUGGACAACUGCUGAACCAGCGCAACCUGCGACGUGUCAUGGAACAUGUGACUGACUGGUGCGGCAUGACAAUGGACAAAGGUUUGUGGGAGCUGCCCCAUGAGGAGGUCAUUGCACAUGUCUUGGCUGAGGCCAUCGACUCCAUGUAA